AUGGUGGCGCUCAUCACACACACAAUCAGCAAGGCCACCAUGUUUGCGGACCUGGAUGUGCUGCUGGCCAUUGCCCUCGGUGGCCCCUCGGCUCAAUCUGACCUCUUCUUGGGCUCUCGAUGUGAAGCCGGUCAUACGUCCUCACACCAGAGCAUUUUCUUGGCGCUCUGCCAUAGCGGGCGCCGCCAGAUCGAAGGCAAGGCGGUACCCGCAAACCGCCGAGCGCAUGGCGAGCGGCCACGCCAAUCCACCGUCACCUUCCCACCGCGGCCACAUCUGCCGGCUUCGGACAUUGUUGAUUCUCCCCUCCGUACGCGCAACACGGACUCUCGCGAUCGAUCGCACCGAGUUGCAGCCAUGUACCAGCCCAACCUCUACCCACACAGCACGGCACCAUCCGCUGAUGCCAUCUACCACCAACACAUGAUUCCGACGUCUGUCUACCCUACCGCACCACACAUGGUUGCCACAGUAUCGCAAUCCGACUUGCCCACUGCCUUCUCCAAUCCCGACAUCUCCGCACACGCCGCCGACGCCUCGAUCGACACCACCAACCAGGAUGACGACGGCGAUGCUGGCGGCAAGCGAAGAAGGGUUCAACGCGCCUGCGACACCUGCCGAAAGAAGAAAGUCCGUUGCGAUGGCCUUCAACCCGAGAAAGGCGCUUGUACGAAUUGCGCCAACUACGGCUACGAAUGCACCUUCAUCGACGCCGCACGCAAACGUGCCCCUCCUCGCAGCUACGUCGAGGCCAUCGAGGCACGUAUCGUCAAGAUGGAACAUUUGAUAUCCUCGCUCGCGCCCGGCGUCGACUUUACAGACCGUAUCGGCAAGCCCAUCAGGAGGCCCGACGACAAGGGCGACGAGGCCAUCAACGACACCAGCGGCGCACCUGCCUCCACUUUGGCCGGCGCUGACACUGCUACCGUCGCCCCACCGACGUGUGACACGCAACACGCCAUGUGCGGCACUCUCUCCCACAUGCUUGCUGCAUCCCAUUCCAAGUCGCGCAGCUCAUCCGAACCCACCCUGGCCGACCAGAGCGACGAGGACUCGGAAGACGACAUUGCCUUCAUCGAAUCCAGGAUCGGCGCGGUCGACUUGAAGCCGCAACCCGUCGUCCCGUCCACCGCCAACACCUUUGACAGCAUCAAUUCCGAGCGCAUCAUCCUCGGUGAGGGAAGCAAGGCUGACCCAAGCUCGCAGAGCCUCCCGUCGCACAAGUUCAUCGGCAAGGCAAGCGCCAUGCACACCCUGCCCCUCCUCGAGAGGCUCAGCAGCAGAAACUACAGCGAGCUAGGCAUUCACCCCAAAGGCGCGCGUCCCGAGUUUUGGGCCAUCCCAACGGGCCUUCUGGAUCCUCCCGCCGACCUCGAUGCCGCAAUGGCCGUCUUCCCUCCGUCCGAUCUGGCCGACAAGCUCAUCGACGUAUUCUUUGCACGUCCCAACCGAGAAUACCCCAUCGUCAACGAAGCCCAAUUCCGCCACGAGUAUGCAAACUGUCCCGAGCUUCGCAAGGAACCCGACUGGCUGGCCAUGUGCUUCUGCAUCUUUACCGUUGCUAGUCCCUGCGUCGACGACCUCAGAACCAGGGCCUCGCCCGACGACCCGCUCUCGCGCGGAAUGCACUGGUGGCAGGCUGCCAAAACACUCAUCUAUCGCAACUCGCAAAUGCGCAAGCCGAUCCGCCACAUCCAGUGCCUCCUGCUUUCCACCCUCUUCCAGCUCGGCUUGCCCAUCUCUGCCUCCGCAUCCUGGUUACUCCUCGGCGCCGCGAUCCGUUUCCUCCUCGACGUGGGAGCCCAUCGUAGACAGGCUUCCAAGAAGCUGGGUCUCUCCAGACUCGAAGCAGAGACGAUGAAGCGAGUCUUCUGGGUCGCCUACAGUCUUGACCGCGAGGCCGCCUCGUCCUUGGGUCGUCCCAUCAUGCUUCAAGACGAAGAUAUUGACGUUGAACUUCCCGUCGAGAUUGACGACGAGUACCUCUUCAGCACUCCCGAGGGCGAACUGCUACCCAUGCAGCCGAGCGACAAACCCGCCCUGAUCAGCGGAUUCCUCUGCUCGCUUCGCCUCGACGAGAUCAUCGGACGCACGCUCAAGACCGUGUAUGCGCUCCAGAAGACCAAGAUCCGCUAUGGCGUCAGCUCAAAGGAGUGGGAGGAGAGAUUGGUCACGGAGAUCGACUCGGCUCUCAACAACUGGCUCGACACCGUUCCGCCGCAUCUUCGCUAUGACCCGCACGAGGCCGAUGACGAGUGGCUGAUCCAGUCGUCGCUCCUCUACUCCAAGUACUACCAGUGCCAGAUCCUCGUGCAUCGCCCCUUCAUCCCUGCCAAGAAGGGUGCCAGCGAAAGCUCGAUCCUCAAUUUCCCAUCGCUUGCCAUCUGCACCAACGCCGCCCGCAGCAUCAGCCAUCUGACGCAGAGCCUCAGGGAUCGAAAUCUGCACAACAGCACCGGCAUGUCGGUCGCCUUCCGAGUGGUCUCGGCCUGCACGAUCCUCAUCCUGGUUGUAUGGGGCGCCAAGCGCAACGGCGGGCGAGUCUCGAGCUCGGCCACGACGGAUCUGCGCCGCUCCAUCGAGGUGCUUCGCUCGAUGGAAUCGGUAUGGCAGUUCUGCGGCAAGGCUGUCGACAUCCUCGAGUCCAUCAUGUCGUCCACCCAGACCAGCGUGACGCGCCAGGCAUCCAACGACCAAGGCACCAAGCGAUCGCGCGAUGGUUCGGAAGUCGUAGAUGUCAAAGUGGAAGGCGAUGCACCGUGGGCGCAAGCCUCUCGGCCAAGAAACUCUGGCACGAGCAAGGCGGCAGCGGAGUCAGGCAGAGGGCGACACAAAGCGUCAGUCAACUCGGACUCGCCCGAGGCGCUUGGUGCGAGCGCGCAGCCUUUGGCGCCGGAGGCAAGGCAGCUGCCACUGUCCACGCUGCAGCUUGCUUCCAUGACGCCGCAGUCGAGCGCGGAACAGUCGCCCUCUUCGGCAACCGACGCGAAUCCACGGCCGACGGCCGAGGCUGCGUUGGCCGAUCCGUUUGGGCCCAAGACGCCGCAACCGCCGCAGCGUGCGCGCAUCCCGUCGUUGAGCGGCGCUUCGGGCCUCCCUGGCGCCCUGUCAUUCGGCCUUCUGACACCGUCGGCGGGCAACUGGGCUGCGGGGAUGGAAGCCGACUAUUUGCAAGGCCCGCAUGCACAGAUGGGCUACCAGUCGAUGCCCUCGAUCACGCCGUCGAUCUUUGACAACCUCAACCUGCCGCCGUCGACGGACGAGAUGCUGCCUCCCAACGUCUCCAACCUGGCCGGCAUGUCGCAGUUCAACUAUGGCGCGAGCAGUAACAGCGCCAACGGGCUCGGCGUCCAAGGAGACGCCUACGGCAACUUUGGGCGGUACUAUGGCGGUGGCGACAGUGCGUUGGGCGCGUCUCAAGGCCCAGAGGAUGUGCGCGCACAUACGGGCGAUGCCAAUACACCCCAAUCCGACGGAAGCAACGGCCUAGCCUCGUACGCGUUUGAACUUCUUCAGAAGCAGAGCGUGUGGAACCUCGACGACGAUUCUCUCAGCUUCCUCCAACAGUGCGGUCAGCAGAGCUGA